GGGGCCGGCUCCGAGCGUGGGGUGGGCGCUUGCGCACUGCUGCUGCAGCUGCUGCUGCGGAGCCAGGAGGGGAAGCGAUGGCUGGGCCCGCGUGGAUCUCCAAGGUCUCUCGGCUGCUGGGGGCAUUCCACAACCCAAAACAGGUGACCAGAGGUUUUACUGGUGGUGUUCAGACAGUAACUUUAAUUCCAGGAGAUGGUAUUGGCCCAGAAAUUUCAGCUGCAGUUAUGAAGAUUUUUGAUGCUGCCAAAGCGCCUAUUCAGUGGGAGGAGCGGAACGUCACUGCCAUUCAAGGACCUGGAGGAAAGUGGAUGAUCCCUUCAGAGGCUAAAGAGUCCAUGGAUAAGAACAAGAUGGGCUUGAAAGGCCCUUUAAAGACCCCAAUAGCAGCCGGUCACCCAUCUAUGAAUUUACUGCUGCGCAAAACAUUUGACCUUUACGCGAAUGUCCGACCAUGUGUCUCUAUUGAAGGCUAUAAAACCCCUUACACCGACGUAAAUAUUGUGACCAUUCGAGAGAACACAGAAGGAGAAUACAGUGGAAUUGAGCAUGUGAUUGUUGAUGGAGUCGUGCAGAGUAUCAAGCUCAUCACCGAGGGGGCGAGCAAGCGCAUUGCUGAGUUUGCCUUUGAGUAUGCCCGGAACAACCACCGGAGCAACGUCACGGCGGUGCACAAAGCCAACAUCAUGCGGAUGUCAGAUGGGCUUUUUCUACAAAAAUGCAGGGAAGUUGCAGAAAACUGUAAAGAUAUUAAAUUUAAUGAGAUGUACCUUGAUACAGUAUGUUUGAAUAUGGUACAAGAUCCUUCCCAAUUUGAUGUUCUUGUUAUGCCAAAUUUGUAUGGAGACAUCCUUAGUGACCUGUGUGCAGGAUUGAUUGGAGGUCUCGGUGUGACACCAAGUGGCAACAUUGGAGCCAAUGGGGUUGCAAUUUUUGAGUCGGUUCAUGGGACAGCUCCAGACAUUGCAGGCAAGGACAUGGCGAAUCCCACAGCCCUCCUGCUCAGUGCUGUGAUGAUGCUGCGCCACAUGGGACUUUUUGACCAUGCUGCAAGAAUUGAGGCCGCGUGUUUUGCUACAAUUAAGGACGGAAAGAGCUUGACAAAAGAUUUGGGAGGCAAUGCAAAAUGCUCAGACUUCACAGAGGAAAUCUGUCGCCGAGUAAAAGAUUUAGAUUAACACUUCUACAACUGGUAUUUACAUCAGUCACUCUAAAUGGACACCACAUAAACCUCUGUUUAGAAUACCUAUGUAUGUAUGCAUUGGUUUGCUUGCUUCUUGACAGUACAUUUUUAGAUCUGGCCUUUUCUUAACAAAAUCUGUGCAAAAGAUGCAGGUGGAUGUCCCUAGGUCUGUUUUCAAAGAACUUUUUCCAAGUGCUUGUUUUAUUUAUUGUCUACCUGGUAAAUGAUUUUUUUGUAAACUCUGAGUGGACUGUAUCAUUUGCUAUUCUAAACCAUUUUGCACUUAAAAUGGUUUCUCUUCAGCUGUAAAUAUCAGGAUACAGAAUUAACAAGAGAAAAUGUCUAACUUUUUAAGAAAAACCUUAUUUUCUUUGGUUUUUGAAAAACAUAAUGGAAAUAAAACAGGAUAUUGACGUAAUAGCACAAAAUGACACUCUUCUAAAACUAAAUGGGCACAAGAGAAUUUUCCUGGGAAAGUUCACAUCAAAAAGAGUGAAUGUGGUAUAUUUCUAAAUGAUACGGAAAAUAGAGACAGAUUUGUCCUUUACAGAAAUUACUGAAUAUGAAUAAAAACUUCAGAUCCAAGAAAUAUAUAAUGAGAGAUAUAAUUUUUGUUAAUAAGACAAAGGUAAUAUAUUGGAUACAAAGACACAAAUGUAUUGUGUGUUCAGUUAUUUUGUCUUGAGAUUUAAUAUUCUUUCCAAGAGCUUUUAAUAAAGCAGAGAGCUAGUACUUUGUUUUCAUUGGAUACAUUUUCAGCAUCAUGAGUUGUCACAGCCUCUGAGCCCCUGAUCUUAAGCCAGAAGGGCUGAGUGUAUUGUAAACUUAUUCUUGCAUGUUGCUAUCUGAGAAUGGACCACACUACAGCUGGUAGUUCUGGGGGCGAUACUGCCGAAAGGCCUGAACACAUGUAUUUUGGCUGCAACUGAGGAACUUGGGAUGCUAUUUAUUUUGUAUUUCAGCAACUGCCCCUUCUCCUAUCCCAAAGCACCAAUUACUGCCCUCUGCCUCAGCAGUACCAGUAUAAGAUGACAUUCCAAAGACUGGAGGCGACUCAGCCUGAGUUAAUUCACAAAAUUCUGCCAUGCUGGGGCUUGAGCUUGAGGUUGGGCUUAGGCUUGGGCUCAGCUUUUGACCCUCAGGCAUCUCCCUUCCCUUCCUGCCUUCCUCUCCCUUCUCCUCUGCUGCAGCACGAUUUUCUUAAUCUUCAGACACUCACUAUUUUCAUGAACAGUUACCCUCUGGCCCCACAACCAAAGACAACUCAUGGCCUCCUUUGGCUGGCCCUUGUGUAACAUUGCAAACCUGUGGCUUUGCAAAAUGUACCCAGGUCACAAGGGGAUUUUUUUUUAGCAGUGAUAUCCCUGUCUGAGUCACUUUUUAAGCUUGUAACCAGACUUACAAUCUUAAAUGUAUUUUCCUUUGUUUAAGCUGCUGCUUACUCUGUUUCAUUGGAUUGUGCUAGUUAUCAGUGGCUCUUGGGUUCAAAGUAAUAAAGAAUUCCAAAACUGA